ACUUCAUCACAAUGACGCAUAUUCCAAUGACGCAAUUGUAUUUCCUUGAAAUAAUUUUAAAACAAUAUUUUUGCCCUUAACACUUUAAUUAAAGCCCAAACCCCAAUUUAAAAUGAUAAAAUCGUACGGAGCAGACCAAAAGCCACAACUGCCCCAUCAUUAUCAAAUUAAAAAUUUUAAAAAAAAAAAUGAAAAAUGAAAAAAACCGCCAAAAAAAUAAAAAGCCAAGCCCGCUACUCUGUACGGAAUAGAGAUACUUGCUAAACAAUUUUCCAAAAAAAAAAAAAAAUUGCGUAAAAAUAAACGAAGGGUAAAAUCGUCCAAAAAAUAUAAACAAUACAGUUUCCCUAGUCUCAUUACUUAAGAACUAAGAACGACCCACUUUCUCCCUCACUUUCUCUCUCUUCCUUCACACUCCCUCUCUUUCUCUCUCAUCAUAUAUUCUCUGCAAUUUCGUUCGUAACUCAAUUCCAACUCCCAAAUUCCCAACAAUGUCGCACCGUGGCGGCAGUAGCAGCGGCGGAGGACGCGGUGGUGGUGGCGGAGGAAGAGGCCGUGGUGGUGGCGAUUAUGGCGGAAGAGGUCGAGGCGAUUCCGGUGGUGGUCGUGGAGGUGGUGACUACGGUGGUGGACGAGGUCGCGGCGGCGAUUACGGCGGUGGACGAGGUCGUGGAGAUUCCGGCGGAAGAGGUGGUGGUGGUGGUCGAGGAGGUUUCCGACCGCCGAGUGUCGGAGUAUUGUCGAAGGAGACAUGGAAAGCGGCGAGUGUAGAAGGAUUGAAUAAAGCGAUGACGGAGUUGAGUGUUACGCCGGCGCCUAGGUCUUCCAAGUCUAUGAAUCCUCCGAGAAGACCUGGUUUUGGAAGGGUUGGAAUGAAGUGUUCUGUUAGGGCGAAUCACUUUGUUGUUCAACUUGCUUAUGAAAAUAGUGAUUUUCAUCACUAUGAUGUGUCUAUCACUCCAGAAGUUACUGCAAAGAACUUUAGCAGAGAGAUUUUGAAUAAACUUGUAAAGGAUCACAAGGCAUUUUUGGGGGGUCGGAUUCCAGCAUAUGAUGGCAACAAGAGCAUCUAUACUGCAGGCCCCUUGCCUUUCACAACUAAGGAAUUUAUUGUUGAAAUGCAACGUGAAAAAAGAGGCAGUUCAGAAAUGGAGAUUGCUAAAUUUCAGGUAGCGAUCAAAUUGGCUGCCAAGGUUGGCCUGUAUAAUCUGCAAGAGUAUCUUCGUGGUCGGACUUCAGAGGCCCCUCAAGAUGCUAUCCAAGUUCUUGAUAUUGUAAUGCGUGCAGCUAAGCCUCUUAAUGACUAUGCAGUGAUUGGGAGAUCGUUUUUUUCCGUUAAGCUGGGUACGGGGCCUCUUGCAGAUGGUGUAGAGUACUGGAGGGGUUACUAUCAAAGCAUUCGGCCCACCCAAAUGGGUCUUUCUCUGAAUAUAGAUGGGUCUGCUCGUCCAUUUUACGAGUCUAUGAUGGUUCACUAUUUUGUUCAAGAGUACUUAAAAUUGAGGGAUCUAAACAGGCCUCUUACUGAUGCCAACCGUGUAAAGGUCAAGAGGGCAUUGAAAGGGCUUACUGUGGAAUUAACUCAUUUAAGCUACAAAAAACGUAGCAAAGUGACUGGUGUCUCAAGUGAACCUGCAAACCAGCUGAUGUUUUCAUAUGAAAAUGUAAAGUUGUCUGUUUCCCAGUAUUUCAAAAACAAGUAUGGGAUUCAGCUUCAAUAUCCUUCUUUACCGUGCAUCCAAACUGGGCCGGCUAGCAGGCCUAACUAUGUGCCUAUGGAGGUCUGCAAAAUUGCUCAUGGACAAAAGUAUGCUAAGAAGUUGAAUGAGAGGCAGGUUACUGCUCUCCUCAAGGCAACUUGCCAAAGACCUGAGUUAAGAGAGGAGAGUAUCAAGAAGAUGGUCAAAGACAAUGGGUAUACUGAAAAUCAGAUGACCAAGGAGUUUGGAAUGAAUAUUUCUGAAAUGUGUACAACUAUUGAUGCCCGUGUGCUGCCUCCUCCAAUGCUCAAGUAUCAUGACAGUGGGAGGGAACGACAAGUUGCUCCUUCAGUUGGCCAGUGGAAUAUGAUUGACAAGAAAAUGAUUAAUGGUGCAUCUGUAGAUCGUUGGACAUGCCUGAGUUUUUCAAACAUGGAUCCAGAUGUAGUGCACCAUUUCUGCGCAGGUCUGGUUGCCAUGUGCGCUAGCAAGGGGAUGACCUUCACUCAGAAGCCAUGUAUCCCUAUACGUGGAGGUCAUCCAUCUCAGAUUCAGAAAGCUCUUGUACAAGUAUGGACUGAAGCCCAACAGAAGUUGCAGUUGUUGAUCAUAAUAUUGCCAGAUGCAAGUGGAUCUUAUGGAACUAUAAAAAGAAUAUGUGAAACAGAGUUGGGAAUAAUCUCUCAAUGUUGUCAGCCUAGGCAGGCUGCCAAGAUUAAUAACCAAUACAUGGAAAAUGUAGCUUUGAAAAUCAAUGUGAAGGCUGGGGGGAGGAAUACUGUGUUGAUUGAUGCUGUUCAGAGAAAUAUACCUCUUUUGACAGAUCGUCCAACAAUUAUUUUUGGUGCUGAUGUUACUCAUCCUCCACCAGGGGAGGAUUCUAGUGCCUCAAUUGCUGCGGUAGUUGCUUCAAUGGACUGGCCUGAAGUGACAAAGUACAAGGGCCUUGUCUCUGCCCAGGCUCAUCGGGAAGAGAUUAUCCAGGAUCUCUAUAAAGUUGUUGAUGAUCCAGUGAAGGGAAAAGUACAUAGUGGAAUGAUUAGGGAAUUGCUGAUAUCUUUCCUAAGAAACACUAAGCAAAAACCACAGAGGAUUAUCUUUUUUAGGGAUGGAGUUAGUGAAGGCCAAUUCUCUCAAGUUCUGCUGCAGGAACUGAAUGCUAUUUGGCAGGCCUGCACAUCAUUGGAAGAGGGCUAUCUUCCACGUGUGACAUUUGUGGUUGUUCAAAAGCGUCAUCACACCCGUCUCUUUCCUGUUGAUAAUAGAAUGACAGACAGGAGUGGAAAUAUUCUUCCGGGUACUGUGGUUGACACUAACAUUUGUCAUCCAUCAGAGUUUGAUUUCUAUUUAUGCAGUCAUGCUGGGAUACAGGGGACAAGCCGGCCUUCACAUUAUCAUGUGCUGUAUGAUGAGAACAAUUUUACAGCAGACUUACUUCAGCUGCUGGCGAAUAGCUUGUGUUACACGUUUGCUAGGUGCACACGUUCAGUCUCCAUUGUCCCUCCAGCUUAUUAUGCGCAUCUUUUGGCAUUUCGUGCUCGCUAUUAUGUUGAAGGUCUAACAAUGUCAGAUAGUGGUUCCACUAGUGGCGGCAAGGAUUUGACAGCAGAAAAACAGGCUCUGUCUCAGGCCCUUCCUAAGAUCAAGGACAGUGUGAAGGAUGUCAUGUUCUAUUGUUAAGAAGCAUCGUAAUGUCUUAAACUUAAUUAUAUAAAUUAUAUAAUUAACUAAUUGUGAUGUCCUUUGAGCAUUUUGAUGCUAUUAAGCUGUGGGUAGGAAGUAUUGGCUUUUAUCUAUAGCUUCAGUAGUUUGGGGUUUAGUUUUGACUAAGGUGUGCAGUGUUUUUCUUAUGAUUUUGGGUGAUCAAUUGUUCACACUUUUGAAUAUGUAUAUAAUCUAUAGGAUAUAUCUAUUAUUCAGUCGCUUGAAGUUUCUUUUUA